CUGGCGCGCUCACGGUGCAUAAUAGUAUAUCUAAAAUCGUCUAAGACAGACAUUACUAGGGAAAGUCAGUCACUCACUAUAGUUCACACCUUGUUCCCCCUUUGCGCCAUUGCAGCUAUGCAAGAGUAUUUUCUCUAAGCUAGGCCGCCGCACGGAUCUUUGUUUUAUUUCCAAUCAGGUCGUUACGUCCCCCGGGGCAUCGUAUACGACCUCCUAAAAGAUAGUGCGAGGGUCGCUGGCCUCCCUUAUCAACGCCAAAAAAGGCAUAGUUUUUUCAUCGGUGCGGCCUCCGUUGCAGCCGCCGCCAGCUUGCCAGCUUGGCUUGUAAAGUUUCUCAGCUGCUGGUCCUCGGUCUGUUACCAGCUGUAUAUCAAAACUCCUCAAUCUACAUUAGAGUCUGUGGCUCCCAGGAUG